CGUUUUCAAAUGCAACCUUAACAAGAGAAGGUCGACGCUGCAUUAAAAUGAUAAAGCAGGUGUUAAAUUCAGCGUUUCAUAGUUUACAGUGAUGACAGAGUCUAUUUUCAGAGACAACCGGAUCAGUGUCAAUUUAAACGGAGCCGCUCAUGAGUCAGAAUACCGGGAGACCGUGAAGUCAAUUUUACAUUUGAUCUCAUUUGCCUGGUGAAAAAUGUUUCAUUUGCAGAACAAGGCGCUGCAAAAUUGCCUUGUUUGUAGCAUGUUUCUCCAUUUUUGUUUUGUUUUCUUUUUAUUCGCACAGCACCAAACGGAGUAGUUAUUAGUGCACCCGCCAGUGGCUGAGGCUCCAAACCUGCAGCGGGCGGCGGCAGCACCGUGCCCACGGCCCCAGCCUCCCUUCAAAGGGCCCUCGCGCGGGCCUGAUACCGUCUUAAAAAGGUGUGAUGUGAAAUUAAUAAGAGCUGCUGGAUGACGGUGGGGGGUGGGGGGUCCUCAUUAAUAAAUCCUACUCAGGGCCCCUUUGAGGACAGAAACCAUCCUUGGGUAGGAAUAAAAAGCAUCAUUAUUAUUUGGUCAGUUUUCUGCUUCCCUCGCUUUUAAAUGAGGCCCAAAUUCUGCGUGCAGCGGGGUCUUUUGUAUGUGCGCGCACGAGUCCGUCCUUUGAUCUGCGCAUGAACUGAGGUAAUGGAUACAACAGUUAAUUACAGAAACAUGUCUGGCAAACUAAUUUGGAAACACAGUCCCUCGGUUGGAGAAUGUGCUUCCCGAAGGGCAGAACUUUCAGCAGAGCUGGUGCAAGAAUCGUGGUGCGCUUUUACAUCUGGGGCCCAACUCCUUGUGACAAACAGCUUUUUUUCUACGCUACUGAGAAGUUCUGAGAGAGAAAUGUUCCUUUGGGGUGUUCAAGAAGUCAUAGAACCAGGAAAGGUUCAUCGCAACUAUAGAUUUAACGAAAGAUAACGUCUCAUUUAGAAGGAAAACACCUGGCAACGCGGAGUUAAACGCGUCUUGUUUGCGCGGACAGAAUCACGCAAAGAAGAAAUAUAGAUAAAUUUGCAACGCGAUUUAACUCAAUAUCUUAUUAAAAGUCUGCCUCCAGAGUGUGUAGAGCUGCACUGAUAAGGUGCCGCAUUAGCAAUGCUCCUGAAGGUGAUUCAAAGGUGAUUUACUUUUCUUAUCAGGUAAAUAGGCGUGUGUGUGUGUGUGUGUGUGUGUGUGUGUGUGUGUGUGUGUGUGUGUGUGUGUGUGUGUGUGUGUGUGUGUGUGUGUGUGUGUGUGUGUGGCUCUGGUGUUUGUAAAUAUGUGACCAGCCUGCAGGUAGGCUGUGGUCUUCCCACCGGCUGGGCCGUCACGCCGCACCGCUCCACAUACAGUAAAGUCGAGCCCACGUCCUGCUCGGCUCGCGCCCGUGCAAAUCAGGCCUUGCCACUACCUGUGGUGGUGACUGAUGCAAAUCCCGACUAAUAAUAAUAUAUAGAUCCCAGCCGAGGAACAAACACUGGGAUUCAAGGACUUCACCUUGCCGCGCGCUUCCUGCAGACGACUCGGGGCUGGGAUUAAAGCUCAGAUAAACAAAAGGAAAGACAGGAUUCUUCAGCUGCAGCCAAAGGUGGAGUCAGACGACGGGCUGCGACGACCAGCGGGUCCAGUAGCACCGGUGGUGAUAAGAAGCCUUCCUCAAGCCAAGGGAGCGUCAUCAGGCCCCCGGUGGCACGCUGUGACUGAUUCCACUCUGUGGCAGAAAAACGAGGCGUCGUCUGCUUCGGAGUGUGUGUGUGUGUGUGUGCAUAAUUUUCUGCUUUGCUGUCAACAACGACCCUUCCAGACUGCCGAGCGGCGCACGCGGGCGCGGAGAUCAGCCGGCGCUGACGUCAUGCUGGCGGCGGCCGAGCUGGACGUGUGGGCGGUCACCGGCCUGCUGGCCGUCUCCACCCUCUUCUUCAACGUCUACAUGUUCCUGAUGAGCCUGCGGAGCGCGCGGCAGAAGAAGCCGUGUCCCACCGACACCAUCGUCAUGGCGCUGGCGCUGGCCGCCGUCGCCCACCAGCUCUUCUGCUACUUCUACCUGACCGUGGACCAGAUGGACGACACCUGCGUGCUCUCGCGGACGUCCUACGCCGCGGUGCUGCUGCUGAUCUUCGGCCUCAAGUUCGCCAUCAUGUGGGACACCAGCUUCCUCACCUUCUACUACAGCACCAAGCUGGUGAGCGCGCACCACCACUGCUACACCCAGCUCCAGGAGGUCAUCCUCCGGCACGUGACGGCCGCGGUGCUGGCCAUCGCCGCCUGCGGCCUGGGCGGCUGCAUGCCCAUGCUGCUGGUGUUCACCGGCGGCAACAGCACCGCCGCGAGAGACUGCGGGGCGGUGAUGCCCGAGAGCUACGGCGGCCAGGUCUACGUGGCCGUCUACCUGGUCGCCUGCGACAUCCUGCCCGGGGUGUUCAUGGUGAAAUGCUGCGUCUCCAUCGCCGUCCACCUCAUCAUCCACCUCCGCCACAUGAAGAGCAGCACCAACGGAGCCCACGCCCCGAAGCUGGGCUCCGAGAUGAGGGUGGUGCGGAUGGCGCUGUCCCUGGUGGGCGUCUUCGCCGUCUUCCUGGCCGUGGACCUGUACGUGCACUAUCUGAUAGCGGUGAAGAGGGAGACCAUCUUGGUGCUCACCUUCGUUUUCACCUCCGUCUACACGACCGUCACCGCGAUUGUGCUGAUCUACGGCAAGAAGACCCUGUGGAAAAGCCUGCUGCAGGACGUGAACGUCUGCCUGCACGGCUGCCCGUGUCCGUCCCGUCUGAAGGUGCCUGAACACGGAGCGCAGCUCGACAGCCCCGUAAGAGUUAGAAAAUAAAAAGAAGCCAAUUUCCUUCACACUGGAGGCCUUUGUGCAAGAAAUCUAUUGGUCAUUGUCUGAACUUACAAACUUUGAAGCUGCUUUUUCUUUAAUCUUCCGUGCAGGCAAUUUCAGAAAUGACUACUGUCCCGCUGCAGCCAUUAAUUACAAUUUCCCCACAUCAGUUAGGUAUUUUAGCCGCGUUAACUAGAAAGAGCUGUUUAAGAUGCGAAGCUCACAGCGGCCAGGUACCGGGCUCACCCUCCGAACCCCGCUCCCCCGGAGACGACCCGUGAAUAUUAAGGCUUCAUCAAAACAAAUAAUAGUCAGGCCCGUUGGACGGAUCCGCAGCAGUGAUUGCCUGGACGUGAUGUAACGCCGUACACAUAGAAGAGCGCUAAAAAAUACAUGAAGCUGUGGUGGGAGUACAGAGCAUAUUAAUAAAACAAGAAAGUACGCACAACCUGGAUUCUUUUCCCCCAUCACAGUGGUUUAAGUGUUUUACUCUCAGUCUGGUUGCAGAUGGUUUAGGCUGCACGAGGGGGUUGGGGGUUGAGGGGGGGGGGGUAGUGGUAACCUGCAUAAGUCGAUGGAGGAAAAAAUAAACUUUAGGGAGAAGAGCACUUAUAAUCACCACCUCCUCCUGUUUGCGUGUGUGUUCAUUGGUCCUACACUGAAUAUGCGCGUGCCUGUAUUUGACAGCUCCCAGGUGUGAAUUU